ACCCAGACGGAGUGAGAAAGAAAACGUUGUAAAGAGAGAGAAUAAGAGAAAGAGAGAGAAAAAGAGAGAGACCAGUGAAUUAGAUUGUGUAAGACCUGUAUGCCAGGAGUAAUGUCUGUCACAGCCAGGAGAGGUCUGGCCACUCCUCAGAGCCCGGUUCCUCUCUGGGUUUUUUCCUAGAUUCCUCCCUUUCUAGGGUGUUUUUCCAAGCCACAAUGCUUCUACAUCUGCAUUGCUUGCUCUGUGGAGUUUUAAGCUGAGUAUCUGUAUAGCACUUUAUGACAACUGCUGAUGUAAAAAGGACUUUAUACAAUACAUUUGAUUGAUUCAUUGAGUGCUUGACCCUCACUUGGCUGUGGACAGAGUCUCCCUGGGCGGCUGACUGACCGGGUCCCUGUUUGUUCCUCUCUGCCGGGGGACAUUUGGCCAUUACUCUACAGCCCUUUCAGGUUGCUAAGAUACCCCUGGCCUAGACAGUGUUUACAUCAGAGUGGUGUGAUGUCGUAGUUUGUGGAGUAAGACAUUUUAAAAGAGCAAAACUGAAUCCCGAAGGAAAGACUAAAACAGAUGGCCACUCUCUCUUCCAGGCUGAAUUGGUAACAGGUACAGUAGCACAAGAGCAGAGCUUUGCAGAUGAAGCCAACUUCAAUUCCAUAAAGUUCAUAUCUUCAUCCAGAUCAAAAAUGUCUAUUUAACUAAAACCAGAACUAAAAAGCUAAGAAUGAAUGAUAUGAAAGCAGUAUGGACAGAACUAGGUUGGGAAGGCAAUGAAGAUAUGGAGUAUUCUAGUCCAUGCCUAUUUCAGAAGAUUUGUCUAUGGGUGUAUAUGAUGUAAAGCAGUAUAAUGGCCAGGAGAUGGACUUUUAGUCUGAUUCCAGGCAUAAAACACCAAGGACAGGGUGUUAUGGAGAGAAGCAGGGGUACAUCACAGAAAACCUGGAUUUGAUUUCAAAUGAAGAAAAAUAACACAAAUCUGCAACAAAACUAAAAUAACAAACAAAAGCGUGAACAAAAGAGUAAAACCCAAAGCACCAUUGGAGGAGGGAGUAAGUAGGGUUAAUAUUGGGAAGGUACAUAAAAGGGAGCCAGCAUGCUGGCAGUCAGGAUUACGUUUACUACCACCAUGAUAAACAUAUAAUCAAUAUACAAUCAAUAUGUUCAGACCAAGCCAACACAAUGUAAUACCAAAUAUAAAACAGUGUGAUGAUGUCCUUUAAAACCAAACUAUUUUGAUCAUUUGUGACUGCAGUGUAAAAUUGGGGCCUCUGUGGAGGCUGGAAAAAUCGUUUUCAUGAAGACAUUUGCCUUAUGUUCUCCUGCUCAUGACGCGGCUGCAUCAGAUCAAAUUAAACAGGCCACCACUGGUACCCUCGACCCCUGUCUCUACCCUAUGUGUCCCCCCACCCAUCCUGAUUCCACCCACCCGGGGGCCACUCUACCCUCAUCACAAUGAAGAGGCUGUUUAACCUUGGACAAAUUAGAAGGACUAGCCACUUGGCUGUCCAUCUGCUGCCUUUACAGGCCUGGGCCCCACCGGUAGACACUGAAAUAUUAAACGAAACACAACAUACUUAAUGGAGGUGCACAAAUUUGGAUAAAAUAGCCAACGUUUGAUCAGUGAGUUCAGUCUGAGCAAGCACCUCACUGUGUAGUGACAAGACCAGGGGGCAUGCGACACUAAACCAAUCAGUUGGCGUGACACGUCAGCUAGGAUAGGACCUUAAUGGUGUGUUAAUAUCUUAGCCUAUGUGUGCACUUCACUGGAUGAAUUGGUGUGAAAAAAAAGUAAAUAAUGGUGCCAUCUUGUGCCAUCAACCUUUCACCUGUCUAGUGAACACUCUGACCAUAUGAUGAGUAGGUAUAACAGGUUUAGUAGGUAUAACAGGUUUAGUAGGUAUAACAGGUCUAGUAGGUAUAACAGGUCUAGUAGGUAUAACAGGUCUAUUAGGUAUAACAGGUCUAGUAGGUAUAACAGGUUUAGUAGUUAUAACAGGUCUAUUAGGUAUAACAGGUCUAGUAGGUAUAACAGGUCUAGUAGUUAUAACAGGUCUAGUAGGUAUAACAGGUCUAUUAGGUAUAACAGGUUUAGUAGGUAUAACAGGUCUAUUAGGUAUAACAGGUCUAGUAGGUAUAACAGGUCUAGUAGGUAUAACAGGUCUAGUAGGUAUAACAGGUCUAGUAGGUAUAACAGGUCUAGUAGUUAUAACAGGUCUAGUAGGUAUAACAGGUCUAUUAGGUAUAACAGGUCUAUUAGGUAUAACAGGUCUAUUAGGUAUAACAGGUCUAGUAGGUAUAACAGGUCUAGUAGGUAUAACAGGUUUAGUAGGUAUAACAGGUCUAUUAGGUAUAACAGGUCUAGUAGGUAUAACAGGUCUAGUAGUUAUAACAGGUCUAGUAGGUAUAACAGGUCUAGUAGUUAUAACAGGUCUAGUAGUUAUAACAGGUCUAGUAGGUAUAACAGGUCUAUUAGGUAUAACAGGUCUAUUAGGUAUAACAGGUCUAGUAGGUAUAACAGGUCUAGUAGUUAUAACAGGUCUAUUAGGUAUAACAGGUCUAGUAGGUAUAACAGUUUCAGUAGUUAUAACAGGUCUAGUAGUUAUAACAGGUCUAUUAGGUAUAACAGGUCUAGUAGGUAUAACAGGUCUAGUAGGUAUAACAGGUCUAGUAGGUAUAACAGUUUCAGUAGGUAUAACAGGUCUAGUAGGUAUAACAGGUCUAGUAGUUAUAACAGGUCAAGUAGGUAUAACAGGUCUAGUAGUUAUAACAGGUCUAGUAGGUAUAACAGGUCUAGUAGGUAUAACAGGUCUAGUAGGUAUAACAGUUUCAGUAGGUAUGACAGGUCUAGUAGGUAUAACAGGUCUAGUAGGUAUAACAGUUUCAGUAGUUAUAACAGGUCUAGUAGGUAUAACAGGUCUAGUAGGUAUAACAGUUUCAGUAGUUAUAACAGGUCUAGUAGUUAUAACAGGUCUAGUAGGUAUAACAGGUCUAGUAGGUAUAACAGGUCUAGUAGUUAUAACAGGUCUAGUAGUUGAGGGAGAUUGCUGCUUACUCCUGACUGUUCUCUUCAAAUCUCUG